CUCGGGUUCAGGCUUCACGAGAGGCCGCUCUGCCCCACCUCUCGUUGGUUCCGGAGGUCGCUGAGGCUGUGGGAAAUGCUGGCGCGCGCGGCGCGGGGCACUGGAGCCCUUUUGCUGAGGGGCUCGGUGCAGGCUUCUGGCCGCGUUCCGCGCCGCGCCUCCUCUGGACUGCCCCGAAACACGGUGAUCCUGUUUGUGCCUCAGCAGGAGGCCUGGGUGGUGGAGCGAAUGGGCCGAUUCCACCGGAUCCUGGAACCGGGCCUGAACGUCCUGAUCCCCGUGUUAGACCGAAUCCGGUAUGUGCAGAGUCUCAAGGAAAUUGUUAUCAACGUGCCUGAGCAGUCAGCUGUAACUCUUGACAAUGUAACGCUACAAAUAGAUGGAGUCCUUUAUCUGCGCAUCAUGGAUCCUUACAAGGCAAGUUACGGUGUGGAAGACCCAGAGUAUGCUGUCACCCAGUUAGCUCAGACGACUAUGAGAUCAGAGCUUGGCAAACUCUCUCUGGACAAAGUUUUUCGGGAGCGUGAGUCCCUGAAUGCCAACAUUGUGGAUGCCAUCAACCAGGCUGCCGACUGCUGGGGUAUCCGAUGCCUGCGAUACGAGAUCAAGGACAUCCAUGUGCCACCGCGAGUGAAAGAGUCUAUGCAGAUGCAGGUAGAGGCAGAGCGCCGGAAGCGGGCCACAGUUCUAGAGUCUGAAGGGACUCGAGAGUCAGCUAUUAAUGUGGCAGAAGGGAAGAAACAGGCCCAGAUUCUGGCCUCCGAAGCAGAAAAGGCUGAACAGAUAAAUCAGGCGGCAGGAGAAGCCAGUGCAGUUCUGGCCAAGGCCAAGGCUAAAGCCGAAGCGAUUCGAAUUCUGGCUGGGGCUCUGACUCAACAUAAUGGAGACGCAGCAGCUUCGCUCACUGUGGCUGAGCAGUAUGUCAGCGCAUUCUCCAAACUGGCCAAGGAUUCCAACACAGUGCUACUGCCCUCCAAUCCCAGUGACGUCACGAGUAUGGUGGCUCAGGCCAUGGGUGUCUAUGGGGCUCUCACCAAAGCCCCAGUGCCCGGAGCCCAGAACUCCAGCCAGAGCAGAAGAGAUGUCCAGGCUACAGACACGAGUAUUGAAGAACUGGGUAGAGUCAAGCUCAGUUAGUAGAGAUGACUCGGCCAGGGAGUCUAGGGGCCGGGAGCUGCUCUCAAAAGAUUCUGGUUCCAGCCUCCCAGCCAAAUUUUAGUUUUUAUUUUUUUAUUUGAACUUAAUAAUCAUGUAAUAAACUGACCAGUGGCAAAUGGGA